AUGCUCCCCGCCAAAGAUUCUUUUGAAAAGCCUUCUCAGAACACUAGAUCAAUUCCCUAUAACCAACUGAAAUUCUUCCUCACUCCUCUGCCUGUCUUGCCUGACCCUCCCCCACCAGGUGCGAGGAUCACUGAAGCCACGAGCAUCACAGCAGGUGUCCAGACGGCCCAUGGCGACCCAGGUGGCGCUGGGGGGAUGGCGGGCGCGGUUGGGGCAGGAGGAUUGAGCGGCGGCGAAUUGGGGGGUGCAGGAUUGGGAGGAGGAAAUUUUGGGGGAGGGGAAUUGGGGGGAGGGCAGACGACAGGUGAGGCAGCGGGAGGUGUAGCAGGGGGAGUGGGAGGAGGUAGAGGGAAUGAAUUGAGAGGUGGGGGAGGGGCGGAGGCAGGGCGAGGAGCAGAAGACGGGAGUGGGGUUGAGGUGGAGGAGGAGGAAGAGGGUGAUGGGGCUCACCACAGGGACCGAGGGUGGGAUGACAGCAGAGGGCGGGAGGAGGGCGCAGGGCAACAGGAGGGGGUUGGGCAGCAGGAGGGAGGAGGGAAGCAUGAAGGGCAAGGGCAACAGGAGGAGGGGGCAGGGGACGGGGCGGAGGGGGAUGACGCGGAGGAAGGGCAUGGGCAGGAGAAAUCGGAGGAGGAGAAGCAGAGGGAGCUGGAGCUGCUAAAGGGGCUGCUUAAAGCGGAGAUGGACGCGCAGGGUGGGGGGAGAUAUGGUGGUGAGGGGAAGGGGGGCCAUGGGGGAAAGGAGGGGAAGGAGGGGAACGAGGGGAAAGGUUCAGGUGGGAAUGAAAGGGAUGAUGAGGAGGAGGAGGAUCCGGAUGAGACGGAGCAAUGGGGGGAGGGAGCAGAACGAGUGGGCGGAACAGGGGAAGAAACUGAGAGGGAGAGGAGCGUGAGGGAAGGUGCGAAGGAUAAUGGCGUGGAUGGUGGUGGUGGGGAUGGUGGUGGUGGCAGGUACAGCGGCAAGAUGGCAUCAGAUUCGACAGAGGAGGCAGCAGUGGGUGGGGGUGGGGGAACUGCACAGACACAUGGGGGUGGGGAAACAACACGGGCAGAUGGUGGUGGGGCGCAUGGGGGAGGAAAGUAUGACGAGUGGGAGGAGGAGGAGGGGGUAGUGGCGCGCUCACAUGGCACGGAGGAUGGGCGAGGGCGAGAACGCGCUGCUGGUGCUGCUGGUGCUGCUGGUGCUGCUGGUGGCACCAACUCGCUGCACGAGGGAAGCACAGAGCAUUUUGGUGUGAAGCCUGAGGAGGGCGGAAAGUUGCCUGAGGAGCAUGGUGUGCACAGAGGGGAGGGGGGAGGAGUAGGGGGAGACAGAGCAGAAGAGGAGGGAUCAGACGAGGAGGGGGGGGAAGUGGAGGAGGGCACGUCCGUGGCAGUGGAGAGGGGCCAGUCGGACCAGCGCAAGCAGUUAAUGGAGCAAGAGGCUGCCCGCCGCAGCGUGCCCCUGGCAGGUUACAGAGGGGCGGCAGCAGCUGCUGCAGUAGCAGCAACAGCACGCGCACAGCAGGCAGGAGACAGAGGCGCGACAGGGGAGGAGGGCACAGCGGUGGCAGUGGAGAGGGGCCAGUCGGACCAGCGCAAGCAGCUGAUGGAGCAAGAGGCUGCCCGCCGCAGCUUGCCAGUGGCAGGUUACAGAGGGGCAGCAAUAGCUGCAGCAGCAGCAGGGCAGGUGGGAGAUAGAGGCGCAGCAGCAGAUGCGGCAGCACAGGUAGGAGACAGAGGGGCGGUAGGGCAUGCAGGGCAGGUGGCAGGCGCAGGGCAGGUGGGAUAUAGAGGGAUGGGAGGAGAUGUGGGGCUGGUAGGGGGUGCUGGACGGGAAAUGGACGGAUCCUCGAGUGGAGAAACACGAGCAGCUGCAGCAGAGGCAGCAGCAGCAGCAGCAGGUUCAGCAGGGGAGGGAACAGCAAAGCAGGCAGUGACGGGCUGGGGCAGGUUAUCGAGAGGAGAGGGCGUUUCAAUAGCUGAUAACCUGCGCAAGGAGGGGGGGCUAUCAGAGACACGUGUAGGAGCAGGUGCGACUGGGGCAGGUGCGACUUGGGCAGGUGCGACUGGGGCAGGUGCGACUGGGGCAGGUGCGACUGGGGCAGGUGUGACUGGAGCAGGUGUGACUGGAGCAGGUGUGACUGGAGCAGGUGUGACUGGAGCAGGUGUGACUGGAGCAGGUGUGACUGGAGCAGGUGUGACUGGAGCAGGUGUGACUGGAGCAGGUGUGACUGGGGCAGGUGCGACUGGGGCAGGUGCGACUUGGGCAAGGUUGACUGGGCCUCGCGUGGGCAAGUGUGCUCCUGGCACCGCACUGCACCGAGUGCUGCAGCAAGCCCGGCAGCGCAACAGUCAAGUGCACCUGGUGGGGCCAAGGGAGUGUGCAUCAGCAACAGCCGCCCUGGGCGUGGCAUUCACGCGCUACGCGCUCUUCAACCAGACCAUUUCUGCCUUCCGCUCCUCCUUUGGCACUCCUCGCACCGACCUUGUGCGCUGGUUUGUACUGCAUGCCUACAUGACUCGCAACAACCUCUCCCACGCCCUCUACCUCUCGCCGGACGUCCUCCUCUUUGCCAACGCCACCGAAACUAUCAACCAGCUGUACCUCCCCCACGAGCGCCACAUACUCCUCCCCCAGCCCUUCCCCGGCACGCGGCCCCCUCGACGCGCCACCUUCCCCCCGCACACGCCCAUCGAGGCGCACACAGCGGGGUGGUCGAUAGAAGGACUGGCAGACUUCCUGAGAUUCGUGCGCGUGUUUGUGGAGCAAGGGGUCCUGGGAGGCGGGGAAGGCACUGCUGCAGAGCGAUUGAAAAACCCGGACUACUCAGACGCCACCAUGCUGGGAUGGUACGCCCGCCAUGCAUGUUGGCAUGCCCCUGAGAAUGCAGAGGCCACUCCUGCAUGUGCAGCGGAGCCGUGUUGUGGGAUCACUCGCGAGAGGGCUGCAAGAUUGGCUGGCCGAUUCACCCCCCAGUUCAAUGUAUCGAGCUUGCUGCAGCCUCGUCGAUGCCGAACCACAUCAUGGUCGGACGCCGGGUGGUGCGUUUUCUCGGUUUCUCCGUUUGCCCCGUCCACAAGUGACACGUCAGCAUCUGGAGGGACUUUCCAGCCAGCUCAGCGCCUCUCGUUUCAUCCUACACAAGGCGCGAAGCUACCACGCUCAGCUAAGUAUCGAUACUUCAGUAUGUGGAAGCCGCAAGGGGAUGAUGGAGAGGUGUUGAAAGGUCCAGGUGCGAAUGGGAUGCAGUUUUUGUCGGUGCGCUUUGCAGGUGACGCUGCGAACCAAAUUAGUGAAGACCCGGAAACGACGUGGGGAGCUGCUGAUUUUUCCAAUGAGAAGCAGGCUGGAAUCCUGCAAGUAGGAUCUGACGGAGUAAGGAUGAGAGAUAGAUAUUAA